AUGUCUGGUGACUCUAAGUCUCCUUCUUUCACUGCGGCUGCUGUUGCCGCAGCGGCAACUGCUGUCACGGUCGGUACUGUGGCUGGCGUGAUGUACAAGAAAAUCAUGGGAUAUGAAAGGUUAGUAUCGGAAUUGCGACAGCACAUUGCCGAUUCCCAAGAAGAAACCACACGGCUCACUCGACCUGUCGUGGGUAGUUUGUCAGACGAAGACAUACUCCUCCCAGGUGAAAGCUUAACCUACCUCAAACCUACACAUCUUUCUACUCGUUUUGGUAACAAGGCCUACGAGACUCCUCUCAUUGAAGAGUACGAGGGACAGUUGAAGGAUUUCCAAGAUGAGAACUCAAUCGUUACUCAAACCAUCUGGCGUAACAAAGACGAGCACAACAAGCGGUUUUUGCGCUACCUUCGUGCGGGUCCUCGUGAGAAGGUUUACUUCAACCCCAAGGAAGUUACUGCCGCCAUUGUCACCUGUGGUGGUCUCUGCCCAGGUCUCAAUAAUGUGAUCCGAGGCCUUGUCCAGAUGCUCGAGGAAUACUAUGUCCCCACCAUCUAUGGCGUGAAAAACGGUUACAAGGGCUUCGCCAGGGAUAACUGCUGGGUUAAACUUGAUUCCAAGAAGGUCGAGACCAUUCAUAGGAUGGGUGGUAGCGUAUUGGUCUCUAAUCGCGGUAAUGACGAUAUUGACGUCAUGGCUGAGGCUAUCAUGAGGAAGGGUGUGAACAUGUUGUUCAUCGUUGGUGGUGAUGGUACCCACAGAGGUGCCGAUAAGAUACAACAGUAUAUGGUUAAGACUAACUAUGAGUGUUCCGUCGUGGGCAUCCCCAAAACUAUUGAUAACGAUAUCCCUCUCAUAGAUGGCUCUUUCGGUUUCACUACUGCAGUCGACGAAGCUGUCCGCGCUAUUGAGGCCGCUUAUGUUGAGGCUACUGGUGCUCCUAACUGCAUCGGUCUGGUCAAGUUGAUGGGACGUAACUCUGGAUUUGUUGUCCUUCAUGCUGUCUGUGCUGCGGCUACUGUCGAUGUUGCUCUCCUCCCCGAGAUGGAUAUUAGUCUCCCCAAGCUCCUCGACCACAUCAAGCAGAAGAUCGAUAAGGAUGGUCACAUCGUGGUCGUCGUUGCCGAGGGAUGCGGUGCUACCCUCAUGCAGGCCGAUCCGACCCUCAAGGAUGCUGGUGGAAACAUUAAGCUACCCGACGUAGGUAUCUACCUCAAAGAUAAGAUCUCGAAGUAUGCCAAGGCCAACGCCUCCUCGGUGAGUGCUAGGUACAUCGAUCCUACUUACAUGAUCCGUGCUGUUCCUGCCAACCCUGGUGACUCUACUUACUGUCAAGUACUUGCACAUAACGCCGUUCACGGCGCUAUGGCUGGUUACACUGGAUUCUCUUGUGGCAAGUGUGACCAAAGAUACGUUAUGCUGCCGUUCAAGGCCAUCACAGGUCAUCCUCCUCGCCAAGUUAACACGGCAGGCAGAUGGUUCGCUAGGAUGAUCAUGUUUACUGGUCAGCCCAACUUCCUCCCCCCGGGACAUAUUCCGCGUCAUAGCUCGUCUCUCCAGAUCUGAGCUGGUGUGCCUCGGGAACCGAGCCCACAGAACACUGGUGGAUUUAUUCUUCAUGCGAUUUGCAAAGGUCUGCAUUAUUAUCACUAGCAUAGCAGUUCGUUUAUUCACAUACCUGAACAGGAGUAUUACACGAGAGGCUACAUUUGUAUUGUAGUCAUAAACAUGAGUUGGUCACUGCCUCAACAACUGUUCAAUUUUUCCUAACGCGAAUAUGCGUUUCUGCCAC